AUGAGGUUUGUAAUCUCACUUUGUGUUUCACUGCUUCUGCUGGUUAAUGGUGAAAUAGUCAAUGGACAGACUUCAGAAUCUACAACUUCCAGCUCUGACCCCUGCUAUGAUUAUAACACUCUUGAUGAAUACUGGAGAGACAUACGACAAAACCCGUAUCAGUACUCUGGAUAUGAUGACACUCUUGUUGAAUGGAGUGGCUGGUAUCGGCUGUAUUUGAAUGGAGAAAGUGCUCAGAUGUCUGAGUGGUGUGUGAGUUAUGUGGGAUGUGGUGGUUACACUGGACUGUAUCUCAGCGGCUCUCAUCCAACACUUAAGGAUGGAGUGGUGACACGUGAAGUCUUGGGAAGUUAUAUGUGGUGGUGGGGGUAUUCCAAUCAGUGUGGAGCCUACAAUUCCACCCCCAUCCAAGUCAAAGCCUGUCCAGGAGAUUAUUAUGUUUAUGAAUUUGUCAAACCCAUCAUAUCAGCCCCUGGACCUACAUAUUGUGCAGUUGCUUUCCAAAGCUUCAGCAGUGAUCCCUGCUACAACUAUGAGUCUCUGGAUCGUCCCUGGAGAGCCAACAAUGAAAGUGGAGAUAACAUUUGUGAUGACUCUUUCUCCUGGAAUGGCUGGUACCGGCUUUUCUACUAUGGAAUGAACAUCCAGAUGCCAGAGACCUGUGUUAGUUGGUACAGCUGUAAUACAUACUAUACUCUGUGGCUCAAUGGUCCUCACCCUCAGAUAGAGGAUGGAGUGGUGACCAGAGAGGUCUGUGGAGGGUCUUAUUGGGGUGGCUGCUGUAAUUACAAGACAAACCCCAUCAGAGUGAAAGCGUGUCCAGGAAAUUACUAUGUCUAUGAACUUGUGAAACCACAAAUCGGGUGUUCAGGAUACUGCACAGAUGUCAGCACUAUUUCACAGGUGGCUUCUACUGUAAGUCCAGAUAUAGUCACUGGAUCCAGCAUCACCUUGAAUUAUGACCCGUGUGAAAACUACAACGUACUCAACAACUACUGGAGAAGCACACGCAAUUACUGGUCUACGUAUGGAUACAUCUCUGAUCAUGAUGACACUCUUGUAGAAUGGGAUGGCUGGUAUCGACUCUUCAUUAAUGAGUCGAGUGCUCAGAUGCCUGAGUGGUGUUUUUAUUAUAUGUCAUGUGGAAGCUUUAGUUCUCUGUGGCUUGGUGGCUCUCAUCCUCGUCUAGAAGAUGGAGUUGUUACUCUUGAAGUUUUUGGCUCUCGCUAUGAUCAGUGCAGUCGCUACAGAUCUGAACCAAUCCAAGUUAAAGCUUGUCCUGGAGAUUAUUAUGUCUACAAAUUUACCAGACCAACUCUUUCAAUCCCAUUACCAGUGUAUUGUGCAGUACCUUUCACCACCCCAAGUGUGGACCCCUGCUAUAACUACACCAGUCUGGAUGAGACUUGGAGAGCCACUGACAAUUAUUACUAUAAUAACUAUUACUACUAUGGCAUGUGUGAUUAUAAUGUGGAGUGGAAUGGCUGGUACAGGAUGUUCUAUAAUGGUCAAAAUGCCCAGAUGCCAGAAUCAUGUGUUAAUUAUGGCAUGUGUGGCACUUAUAACCCGUUGUCACUCAACGACACUCAUCCACAGCUGGAAGAUGGAGUGGUCACUCGUCAGGUCUGUCUCCCAUGGAGUGGCUGCUGUACUUACACAUCCCACCCUAUAAAAGUCAAAGCCUGUCCUGGAAAUUACUAUGUUUAUGAGUUUGUCAAACCAAUGUUUUGUGGAGCUUACUGUAUAGUAUCAGAAGCCUCAAACCAGUCCAUCCCAUCAGUGUCUACAACAACAGAGACAAUCCCACCCAUAGAAUUAAUUACUCCACCAAUCACAACCACUGCUCCCUCUGUUGACCCCUGCUACAACUACACUGUCCUGGAUGAUCUGUGGAGAUCCACCAACAAUCAACAUUCCUCUCAAAUAAUGUGUGACUCUUGGGUCAGCUGGAACGGCUGGUACCGUCUCUUCAUUCAGGAUCAGAGCGUUCAGAUGCCAGACACAUGUGUUGAUGAGUAUAGUUGUGGCACUUAUGCUCCACUGUGGCUGAACGGAGGACAUCCAACAGUUGAGGAUGGAGUGGUCACUCGAGAUGUCUGCGGUCACUGGGACAAUAACUGCUGCUAUUUUCAGUCCAAUCCCAUUAAAGUCAAAGCAUGUCCAGGAGGGUAUUUUGUCUAUGAGUUUGUGAGUCCAACUACAUGCAAUUUGGCAUACUGUGCAGAUGCAAGCAACAUAAACACUACAUAUACUACUACAUAUACAACCACAGCUGAAACUACAACCACAGAAACCACAACCAUAGAAACUACAACCAUGGACAUUACGACUGAAUCAACAACUUCCAGCUCUGAUCCCUGCUAUGAUUAUAACACUCUUGAUGAAUACUGGAGAGACAUACGACAAAACGCGUAUCAGUACUCUGGACAUGAUGACUCUCUUGUUGAAUGGAGUGGCUGGUAUCGGCUGUAUUUGAAUGGAGAAAGUGCUCAGAUGUCUGAGUGGUGUGUGAGUUAUGUGGGAUGUGGUGGUUACACUGGACUGUAUCUCAACGGCUCUCAUCCAACACUUGAGGAUGGAGUGGUGACCCGUGAAGUCUUGGGAAAUUAUGUAUGGUCUAGCCAGUGUGACAACUACACAUCCACCUCCAUCCAAGUCAAAGCCUGUCCAGGAGAUUAUUAUGUCUAUGAAUUUGUCAAACCCAACAUAUCAGCCCCCAUACCUUCAUAUUGUGCAGUUGCUUUCCAAAGCUUCAGCAGUGAUCCCUGCUACAACUAUGAGUCUCUGGAUCGUCCCUGGAGAGCCACCAAUGAAAGUGGAGGUUACGUCUGUGAUGAAUCUUUCUCCUGGAAUGGCUGGUACCGGCUUUUCUACUAUGGAAUGAACAUCCAGAUGUCAGAGACCUGUGUUAGUCCAUACAGCUGUAACACAUACUUUACCCUGUGGCUCAAUGGUCCUCACCCUCAGAUAGAGGAUGGAGUGGUGAUCAGAGAGGUCUGUGGUAAUUAUUAUUCGGGUGACUGCUGUGAUUACAACACAAAACCCAUCAGAGUGAAAGCUUGUCCAGGAAAUUACUACGUCUAUGAACUUGUGAAUCCACAAAUCUGGUGUUCAGGAUACUGCACAGAUGUCAGCACCAUUUCACAGUCAAUUUCCACUGUAAGUCCAGAUAUAAUUACUGGAUCCAGGGUUACCUUGAAUUAUGACCCGUGCAACAACUACAACAUACUCGACAACCACUGGAGAAGCACACUCAAUUACUGGUCUAUGUAUGGAUACAUCUCUGAUCAUGAUGACACUCGUGUAGAAUGGGAUGGCUGGUAUCGACUCUUCAUUGAUGGAUCAAGUGCUCAGAUGCCUGAGUGGUGUUUUUAUUAUAUGUCAUGUGGAGGUUUUAGUUCUCUGUAUCUUGGUGGCUCUCAUCCUCAUCUAGAAGAUGGAGUAGUUACUCGUGAAAUCUUUGGUUCUCGUGAUUAUCAGUGCAGUCGCUACAGAUCUGAACCAAUCCAAGUUAAAGCUUGUCCUGGAGAUUAUUACGUCUACAAAUUUACCAGACCAACUCUUUCAAUUCCAGCUCCUGUAUAUUGUGCAGUACCUUUCUCCACCCUAAGCAUUGAUCCCUGCUAUAACUACACCAGUCUGGAUGAGCCUUGGAGAGCCACAGACAAUCCUUAUUAUAAUAACUAUUACUACUAUGGGAUGUGUGAUUAUAAUGUGGAGUGGAAUGGCUGGUACAGGAUGUUCUACAAUGGUCAAAAUACUCAGAUGCCAGAAUCAUGUGUUAAUUAUGGCAUGUGUGGCACUUAUAACCCGUUGUCACUCAACGGCAUUCAUCCACAGCUGGAAGAUGGAGUGGUCACCCGUCAGGUCUGUCUCCCAUGGAGUGGCUGCUGUACCUACGCAUCCCACCCUAUAAGAGUCAAAGCCUGUCCCGGAAAUUACUAUGUUUAUGAGUUUGUCAAGCCAAUGUUUUGUGGAGCUUACUGUGAAGGUAGAUAGAUCUAACCACAUACA